AUGAUGGCCCCACAUUUCCCAGAGCCAGUCAACCCAGCUCUGGCAGGGUCCGCACCGGGUGAUCCGGAUGCAGGAGGCGCCGCCUUUGAGUCGGAUGGAUAA